AUGCAUCUAGCCAUUGCAACAGCAGUCAACGUUGUGCUCUCUAACGAUGAUGGCUGGGCUGAGAUCAACAUCCGAGAGUUUUAUAGCAGUCUCACCAAGGCCGGCUUCAACGUUGUGCUCUCUGCUCCAGCCGAGAACGAGUCCGGGACCGGUUCUUCUGAUGCUACGCCGACGACUGUGGGCGGUGGCGGGUGCGAGUUUCGCUCCUGCCCGGCUGGUAGCCCACCUUAUGGCAAGAAUGCUUCUAUGCCACGUUUCAACGUGAGCCGGCCUCCGAUGAAACAUAUGGACCAAGCUGACCAGUCACAGUACGUGAACUCCUACCCUGUCACCUCUAUGCGUUACGGAAUUCAGAAUCUCUCCCAGACCUACUUCGGCGGCCCACCAGAUAUCGCCGUAGCUGGACCAAACGUAGGGGCCAAUCUAGGCCUGACCACGCAAGUCUCCGGUACCGUCGGAGCUGCCACUGAAGCAGUCAAGGAGGGUAUCCCUGGCCUUGCUUUCUCCGGUACAACCGGUACUCAAACUGCUUGGAACACAGCCCCGCAAAUAUAUGAAGAAGUCUACGCCGAUCUCUCGACCACUGUUACGCAGGCUUUGGUCAACUCUGGCAAGCCAUAUCUGCCUUCUAAUAUCUGGCUGAAUGUCAAUUACCCAGCUGUAAGCAGCACGAGCUGCUCCUCGACUUCCAGCUUCGAGUUCGUGCUGUCCCGCAUCAACAGUGCUGUUCCUUUGCUCACACCGAAGGACGUUGUGACUUGCAAUAAUGGUGGAAGAUUGCCGACAGAGACCACGGUGGUUGGGACUGCUGGGUGUUAUGCUUCGAUUAGUGUGGGUAUAGCGACGACGAAGCUGGAUGCUAGUGCUGCUAAUCAGCAAAUUGUGCUCACGAAGCUGAAGAGCAUCUUGUCGUGUUUGCCUUCUUAG